ACUUUAACCGCCAACCACCCUUUUCUUCUACGUUUCGGCGGAUUAACAAACCAAUUGAGUUGGUUUGUAAACAAACAUGGAAGGAAAAUAAUUAAACAUGCAUUCAUAAUAACGCGGAAACGCGUCAAUUAGCAUAUACCAUGAGUUGGCAAUGGCAAUGCGAGACAGCCAUGCGGCCCGCUUCCUCCUUUUUCUUUUUCUUUUUCUUUCCAAUUUUCUCAAAGCUGCUGUCUCUGUUGCCUAAUCAUUUUUUAUAUAUACAUACGCCUCCUCCUAUUUACCCAAAGAUUCACUCUCAUUCUUUUAUUCUUUCUAUUUUAAUCUCUUUAACCAGAUUGUUAAGUAGGUGAAAUGGGGGGAGCAGUUUUGCUGUGUUUGGUUGCUGUUUUCUCGUUUUGGAGUUUCUCUUUUGUGAGAGGAGAGGAUGCUUACAAGUAUUACACUUGGACUGUCACUUAUGGAGCUGCUUCUCCACUUGGCCCUUCUCAACAGGUGAUCUUGAUAAACGGUCAGUUUCCUGGCCCUACGCUUGAGACUGUGACCAAUGACAACAUUAUCCUCAACGUUAUCAAUAAGUUGGACCAGCCUUUCCUCUUGACAUGGAAUGGGAUUAAACAGAGGAAGAACUCUUGGCAAGAUGGAGUGGUGGGAACCAACUGCCCCAUCCCUCCCAACACCAAUUUCACAUAUAAGUUCCAAACUAAAGAUCAAAUUGGUAGCUACACAUACUUCCCAUCCACUCUGAUGCACAGAGCUGCUGGGGGUUUUGGAGCCCUUAAUGUGUAUGCUAGAUCAGUGAUUCCAGUUCCGUACGCGAAGCCUGCCGCGGAUUAUAGCCUUCUCAUUGGUGAUUGGUACAAGACCAGUCACAGGGUAUUGCAGCAAAUACUGGAUUCAGGAAAGGCCUUGCCCUUCCCUGAUGGAAUCCUCAUAAAUGGCCAGGGUCGGCCGGCCUUCAGGGGCGAUCAAGGGAAGACCUACAUGUUUAGGGUCUCGAAUGUUGGCUUGUCCACGUCGUUCAAUUUCAGAAUCCAAGGGCACAAAAUGAAGCUUGUCGAGGUUGAAGGGUCUCAUGUGCUUCAGAAUGUCUAUGACUCUCUUGAUAUUCAUGUUGGUCAAUCAGUGACCAUCCUCGUCACGUUGGAUCAAACUCCUAAAGACUACUACGUCGUGGCAUCAACGAGGUUCACAGAAGCCGUCCUCACUGCAGCUGGCGUCUUGCACUACUCCAACUCCCAGGCUCAAGUUUCCGGCCCUGUCCCAGCCGGUCCAACCAACGAGGUCGGAUGGUCUGUUGAUCAAGCUCGGUCUUACAGGUGGAAUCUUACCUCAAACGCAGCAAGGCCUAACCCUCAGGGUUCUUUCCAUUACGGAACAAUAACGCCAACGAGAACGAUUGUCCUCGCCAACACUGCACCUAUCAUCAACGGCAAGCAAAGAUACGCUGUCAACGGCAUCUCUUACAUCAACGCUGACACCCCCUUGAAGCUCGCUGAUCACUUCAACAUCCCGGGCGUUUUCAGCCUCAACUCCAUCCAGAGCUCUCCAUCCGGCAGUGGAGCCAGCCUAGGCACCUCCGUGUUGGGAACCUCCCUCCACGACUUCAUUGAAGUCGUCUUCCAGAACAAUGAGAACACCAUCCAAUCAUGGCACCUCGAUGGCUAUGACUUCUGGGUUGUCGGAUUCGGGGCGGGGCAGUGGACUCAAGCUAGCAGGAAGACCUACAAUCUCGUCGAUGCUUUGACCCGACACACCACGCAGGUGUAUCCGAGCUCUUGGACAGCGAUAUUAGUAUCGUUGGACAACCAGGGCAUGUGGAACUUGAGGUCGGCGAUGUGGGGACGGCAAUACCUCGGACAGCAACUGUAUCUCAGGGUUUACAACCCAACACAGAGCCUUGCCAAUGAGUAUGACAUGCCUAACAAUGCUCUGCUCUGCGGCAAAGCCGCCGGGCGAAGAAACCCUUAGCUUUUCUUCCCCUCGUUUGAAGCUUUUUAAGAGUGUUUUGAUGAGUUUUCCGGCCAUGAGAGGUUGGCUGCUAGCUAGUAUACCACAAACAGAAAAAGGUGACUCUUUUAUCUUCUUACAUAUGUAUAUUCAAACAUAGUAUUUAUGUAGUUUGGAUCAACUUUGUAGUGGCAGUUGGUUUGUUGGGUUUGUGUAAUGGACAUGAGUAAAAUCAUGUUGCUAGACCCCACUAUGGAGUGCUAUAUUUGUGUUAGGAUGCUUUAAUGAUUUUUCCCGAAUAUGGUUGAAAAUUAAAGUGUUUGCUUUAA